AUGUCGAGUGCAAACGGCAGCAAGUCGGCUCCGCGCCCGCCGUCCUCCGGCUCCGCAGCCCCAACCAACUAUACGCUCCCACCACAUCCAUCCACCACCAACUCCCAACGUCAGCAGAGUCCUGCUUCGCAUGCCGCAGCCUCUACACUCGCUGCCCUCGCCUCCAGCCCACCCGCCAGCUCGAGCACUUCGAGCUACCGACCUUCCAAUGCGUCAGGCGGCGGAGCUCCCUCGUCCUCCAACCAGCGCUCCGCCUCCUCGUCCAUCCUCAACCAGAGCCUCUACUCGAACUCGGCGUCUUCUGCAUCCAAGUCGUCAGCGGCCACAGCGGCUCGUUCGCCGUCCGGCUCGCCGCUCAAGAAGGAGGUCGACCUCUCCACAAAACAGCAGACUGCAUCGCCCGCCACCGCACACAGCAAGACCGCAUCGCCGGCGCUCAGCAGGUCAGACUCCGCAGGUGCAGCAAGCAGCGCUAGUGCAGCCAAAGAGUCCGCCGCGAGCAAACGAAAGAAGGCGAAUCGAGCCUGUCUUCACUGCCAAAAGGCGCAUCUCACUUGCGACGACUCGAGGCCGUGCCAGCGCUGCGUCAAGAAGGGUUUGGCCGAGUCGUGCAUGGAUGGGCACCGCAAGAAGGCCAAGUACCUGCUGGACGACGAUGAGCUCGAGGAGCUCAAGCGGCAAAAGGAGGCCAAGAAGGCUGCCAAGCAGGCGCAGCAGCAGCAACGAAACGCCGCCGGCGCGCGACAGAAUCAACCGAAACAAGAACCAGCUCAGCAGUCUGCCGCUGCUCCACCUUCCGAAAAGGCAUCGGCUGUCAGCAGCAUCCUCGACCAGGUCACCGUGGGCAGCGUCCCAACGCCGAGCUCGUCCGGUCACGGCCCAUCGCCGCACCAGCACGACUACCUCUCCAGCAACACCCUCGACUCGUCCGCAGGCGAUGCGCUGCCUUCAGGCGGUGCCGGGCUCCCGCUCGACCUCACCUUCGACCCGUCGACGCACAACUUCGGCAGUGAGGCCACCAGCCUCGAGUACUCGAUCCUCUCGUCCAUGCUCAACGGCACCGACCUGCAUCUGCUCGGGCCGUCGGGCGCCAGUCCGGACCUCCAGACCUCGCCUGCCGUCGGCGUCAUGGAUGGCUGGAACAUUGCGAGCGGCGGCCUCGACGCCAUCCUCAACACCGUUGCUGGCGACGUGGGCCAGGCGCCCGGCGCAGGAGGGCUGGACACGGCCGCGGCCACCGACACUGCCGGAAUGGGUGCCUACGCCGAGGCACAGCAGCCGGUCACGGGUCUGCAGGAGGUGAGCGGAGAUGGCUUCAACGCACUCGAGGUGCCGAGUCCCAAGCCGAUGAUGCUCGACGAGCCGACGGGGCUCAACACCGGCAGCGAUGCGCAGGCGCAGCAGGCAGGCAGCGACGCCAACGCGGGCGCGUCGACGCAGGUGGACCUCGGCUCGUCCUCGCAGCGGUCGACGUCGAACGAGCCGGUGGCGGACAUCAACAAGGCGAUCGCGUCGCGGCGCGUGGCGCGGCAGCAGCAGGACACCAUCUGGCGCGCGCGCAUUGCCAAGACGUACCGCGACAACACAGCGCCAUUCCCGUAUCCCGAAGGCUACCACUUUCUCAUCAAGUACGUCACGUCCAAGUUUGAGAAGCAGGACGUGCUGCGCAUCGUGCGCGCACUGGCGAUCUUCCGGCCGUCGCUGAUUGCGCUGCAGAUGCCGCUUACGGAGGAGGACGAGAUCUUUGUCGAGCGCUCCUUCCAGCGCACCAUGCUCGAGUUCGAGAAGCUCAUCUCGUUCAGUGGCACGCCUACGGUCGUGUGGCGGCGCACGUGCGAGAUCUGCGUCGUGGGCGCCGAGUUCUGCAUGCUCACCCAGUGGAGCAAGGACCAGCUGAUGGGCAGGAGAAUCUUUGAGUUUAUGGACAAGAACUCCACACUCGACUACUGGGAGAAGUUCGCACUGCACGCGUUCGAGAAUACGACGCAGAGCGUCAUGACUACGUGCACGCUCGUCAAGCCCGAUGGAAAGCUCGUGCCCUGCGCGUGGAGCUUCACCAUCAAACGCGACAUCUUUGACCUUCCGAGUCUUGUCGUUGGAAACGCUGUGCUGCUCCUUGGGGUGCAGACGGGGGUGUUGAGUGCGAUCAUUGCGCGUCCGCACGAUGACACGCGUCUAGCACUCAUCCGCACCCUCGCUGUCUCGGUGCUCAGUGCGGGAACGUUCGUGCUGCUGCAGCAGCGGUAUGUGACGCUACAGCGAGCGUGUGCGCUGCGAAUCUCGCGCACACACGAUGCCUAUACUGCCGCCACAUCUCGCGCCGUGGUUCUGACCGCCUCGGGGAUGACAACGAUCUCGACGCUGUUGCUCGUCACAUCGCUACUCUCGCACCUGCCACUCGUGCAUGUCCGUCUCGCACCCCACUCGAGCUUGGUGCAAGCCACAACCCCGAUAGGAUGGUGGGCGGCAGCGAUGAAUGUCACCAUCUGCAUCGCCUGCGUCGCCAUGGCUACCACACAAGACCCAAUCACGUUCACCUUUGAGCAAGAUACCAGCAAAGACGAGAUUCCACUGGCAAGCUUUUCGGCAAGCGGCGAGUGGAUCAAGAUCGCAAGCACGUCUAGAAGACACGAUGUCUACGUCCGACAGCCGAAUGCACGCAAGACGUUAGAAGUGACAACCCGCCUAGCGUCCAACCACCCCCUCUACAACCCGGAGCGCGACACAUCUUCUUCCGGCCCAACCCUGCACAUCACCCUGUAA